ACGUUACUUUUAUGUUUUUUUUUAUAUUGAUAUGUAUGUGAUGGCUUCUGAUUUUCUUUAUUUUUUUCUUACUUACUUUGUCUGAUCAAUGCGAACAAUUAUCAGUUUUACGAUCAUCUUUUUGAUCAUCACCGAAAAAAUCUAUAUUUCAAUACGUGUUUGAUAAAAUCCUUGAUCAAAGGUUUUAUCUAUUUGUUUGUCAAAAAAGUGGCUUUAUUUAAUCACAAACGAAUCAAAUUGGUGAAUGAAAUGUGUUUAUAUUUAUGUUAAUUUCAUAAAUGUUGCAUGAUUAAAAAUUAUUGAAAUAGAGAUAUCAUUUUAUUAGCAACAGUAAAAUAAAAUAAAAUAAAAAUUGCCGAAAUCCAAUGUUUUUGAAAUAUGGACACUUAUGUCCAUCAUUAUUAGAUGGCGCAAAUGUAUUUGAGUCGUAAUUUUCUGUGAAAAAAAAUCUACAAGUGUUAUAUUGUCGUAAUAAUACAUGUGUGUGUGUGGGAUCGUCGUUGUUUGAUGAUCGUGAUCAUUCGUAGCGAAUAAUCAUCGUCUUAAUAUGAUUGCUAUGGUGUGUGGUAUUAGUGUUGGCUGCUCAAAUUUUUUUUUUUUUUUGGUUCAUUGAAUGUGUAUGUGUUUAUAUGCCAAAUAACAACACCAACAACAAAUGUGGACUUGUUACUUGUUUAAUGAUCAUUCGUAGUAGCAGUGGCGAUGAUAAUGGCCCAUGGUAUUCUUGAUUAUUAUGAUGAUGUUGUUGUUGUUGUUGUGUAUUGAUCUCGAUCGUUUGCCAUGCACACACACACACACACAAUCGGAUCAUUGCCUUUCCACUAUAAUUUAUUUUCUCACUUUGUUGUUGUUGUUAUUGUUGUUGAAAAUUUGUUGUUUUCUUACAUCAAUGAAUUAUCUUAUGCAUGAUUUGCACCAUUUUGUGUUCUCGAUUUUGAAUCAUAAACCAUGAUGAAUUUGAAUCAUCAAAAUGUCAUAAUUUAAUGUUGAUCAUCAAAUCUCAUUUAUAUUAUAUAUUUUAUUAUCCAUAAACUUUGUAAUUUUAUGAAAACACAAUGAUUUUGUAAUGAAUUCUAGGUUUUGUUUUAAUGUUUCCAAAUUGUAAAUUGAUCUUGAAACUAUGAGCCUUGCAGCAGCAUCAUCACCAACUUCAUCACCUUCACCAUCAUCUUCGUCGAUCCAACAACAACAAUCAGCUGCAACAGCAUCAAUUAUUCUAAGUCCUGGUUAUUAUCGUCGUCAAGAACGAGAACAACAACAACAUCAUACAAAUCUUAAUACUAGACAACAUAUAUCUGUUUUGGCCAAUGCUUGUUUAGGACAACCACAGCCAGUUUCAUCAACAUUAGUGCCAUCAUCCAUACCACAUCAAUGGUUAAAUUGUACAUCAGUAACAAGAAAUUCUGUUGAAAGUCCUCCUAUUGAAAAGAUGACUAAUCAAUCACAUAAAUGUGUUCAACAGCAACGUGACCAAAUUGAUGACAAUCAUCAAACACCACCAAUUGAAACAUCGACACCAUCAAGUAUAGCUACUGAUGAAACACCACAAAUUGAUCGUUGGUCAAGAGAUUUUCGUUCAUUGAUCGAUGAUCGUGAUGGUGUUAAUCUUUUUCGUCAAUAUACAGUUGAAACUGGACUUGAUCAUUUGCUAAAUUUUUAUUUCGCAUGUAUAGGUUUGAAAUCAACUGAAAUUGAUGUUAGCACAAAAAAUCGUUCAAUUGUUGUGAUAUUCAAACGUUUUAUAUUAAAUCCAAAAAUUCUUGAAUUAUCCAAAGAAUGUCAACAACAUUUAAUGAAUGUCUAUAAAAUUCAACUAAAUAGCUCGAAAUCUUCAUCAUCAUUGGAUACAAAUCGCCAAAAUCAACAGCAGCUACAGUUUCUAGAUGAGAAUACAUUUAAUGAAGCAUUUAAUGAGAUAGAAUCUCGAUUAAGUGGUGCCAUUUAUCAGAAUUUUCUUAAAUCAAGAAUAUUUCUUGAUUACAUAAAUAAAUUCGAUUGGACGAAUAAUGUACAACAACCGAUUGCUGGAAUCGCUUCGUGCAACAAAACUGAUUUGAAUCAUCAACAAUCGCUACAAGCAAAAGAAAACCAUUUAUCACCUCAGUUAUCGGAAUCUUUGGAUGAUCCGGAACAAGAAUUUGUUUCAGAGUCCAAUAAUUAUGUAAAAAGAUUUGAUAUGCCAGUUAUUGAUGAAACUAGCGAAGAUGGUGAUUCAACUGUCAUAGAGGUUGUGCCUAAAUUCUCUCAACAACAACAGCAUUCACGAAUACCACAACCACAACUUAGAUCAUUAUCAUCGAACAAACCGAAUCAACCCGCUGCAAGCAGGGAACGAUUACAUCUUCAAUUUUAUGCAUUGGAAAAUCCACCACAUCCGUAUCAUGUAAACAGACAUGCUCAAUAUUCAUCAGUACAAUAUAAUUCUAAAAAAGACUCUGAAAUUGAAUCCAUAUCAUCCAGUGAUUCAUCGUUUGUUUGUUCACGUGAUAGAAAAUCAUUAUUACGUAAUAUGAGUUCAUCAUUAUCAAACAAAACAUUGACACAACGAUUUCAAAGGCCUCCACCUCAACAGCUGAAAAAUCAACUAUUACCACUAGAAAAUCCUGAUGAAUUUGCACGUAGAUUGAUUGAAAAAUUGAAUAAAGUUCGUUCAGAACAAGAAACUGAUAUAAAACUAAGCCAAGCAUUGAUAUCUUUUGAACGAGCACACUCACCAUCAUUGCCUGGAUCACAACACGGCGGUGGCAGCGUUCAACAACGUGAAGCUGGUGUGGGCAAAAAUUCCACCAACAAUAAUCAAACAUCGAGCAAAUCAAAUCAUCGAGAAUCAGGCCUAGGUUUGGCAUUGAAAAAUAUUGAUUUCAGUACACUUAAAAAUGAGAGUGGUCAAGCCAUAUUAGAUAAACAUUUUGCACAAGUUUUCGAAACACCGAAUGCCGAUUCACCAUCCACAUCUAAUCAAUCAUCAUCGGCACCAUAUCCCCAUCACACUAAUCCACAACAAAUCAUUCAUCCACCACCACCAUUAUCACCGACACCACAUUUUAUUGCUCAAUUCAAUUCAUUAUCCGUUAACAAUUCGGUGACAAUACCUGCAUAUGUUAAGUUUUCUAAUGAAGAAGUUCCACAUAAAUUGACAUUGAUUGGACCACAUAUCACUUUAUUGUCAUUCAAACAACAAAUUCCAACCAAACGUGGUAUACAAGAAUUUUUUUUCAAAAGACAAUCAAGUGAAUCAGAAAAACUUGAUUGUGGUUCCGAUUCUUUGUGGAUCAACAUCAAAGAUGAUCAUCAAACAUUACCACAGCUUGAUGGUAAGAUCCAUGCAAGAGUUGAAUUAACUAACUAAUAACUAUUGUACAAAUGGAGAAAAAAUUGCUGCCUUUUUUAUGUACCGAAUUAUUU